AUGGCUUCCAUGCCCAAGUUGAAUAUCCCAUGGUCAAAGCCAAGAUCGUCGCAAGGCACGAAUGGGGUGACUGGGCCUGGGCCAGAAGCGACGCAUAUAACGGGGAGGAAGACGGGAAAGUUGGUCAAGCCGAGACCUGCGUCGGCCGGGAAGAGUGCGCUGUCUCGUGGUGGUGGUGGUGGUGGUGGUGGUGGUGGGUUUAGUGGGAGGCCUGGUUCAGGUGGGAAAGGCGCUACGAGACCUGGUUCAGCUGGAAAGGGAGCGUCGGGAGCAAUAGGGAGUUCAAGUUCAAGACCUGCAUCCAGUGCCGUACGACCUGCAAGACCUGGUUCAGGAGGGCUCAGACCGACCCGAACAGAAUCGACGAUCGGGAUACGACAUAUGCGCAUUGGGUCCGACUCGAGUUGCAGCGCUGCAAGAUCCAACCCAGACGACAACACACAUUCGAACCCCGACGAUCCUUUGCGCUCACAUCCAGACGGCCGCAAGCCAGAGUCAGAUCCGAAUCCGAAGUCAGACAACGAUGAUAGCUACCCUGGGGCGGGGGAAAAGACUCGAGGCCAUACUUUAUUAGCCUCCCAGACCGGACUCAAACCCAGACCCAUCACGCUCACGCCCACGGGUGUGUACGCGCUCAGAGCCCUAUCGGGGCGACCAGUAACGCCACGCGGUGGCGCAUUUGAAAUCCCUUUGGCAGCGGGAGGGGAGAUCGAGGGAAGGGGAGAAGAACGAGCCGCGCACUCUGAUGGCGGCGCUGCUCAACUCGGCACGAGCGUACAAGGAGGUUACCGAAAUCGAGACGAGCCGAGUAUGAAUUGUCAAGACGACAGGACGGGCCCGGCGGGUGAGCGCUGGGUGGAGAGCCAUAAGGAGCCUAGCCGAGGUGGUCCGACCCCCCACGCACACGCGCUAUUAAGCUUUGAGAGUUUUCGUUCCGGGUUGGGGGAUAGUGCUACUACGCCUGCACAAAGUUCUGUCGGUUCGUGGAAUUCGACGAGACCGUCCCAAGUCGGGGCGAGUUUUUCAGCCUUGGGGGAACACCCUGAAGAGCAUUUAUCUACCACGCCUGAGGAUCCCACGAAUCGAUUCGGGACCCCGCGACGGCCGAGAACGAGCACUGGUGCUGAAAAUAGGUCGAGAAGGGGAUUGGAGAUUGAUAGGUCCAGGACGAGUUCAUCAUUGUUAGGGACGACGGAGCCGAGUAUGGCGAUGGGAUUUGUGAGUCGGCCUGGUGCGACGAGGAGCAUGACGUUUCCGCGGGCCGCGAUGUCGGACGUCGAGCUCAGGUCCGAGUGGAGUUCGAGCGAGUCGGGAAGUAUCAAAGGGAAGUUUUCUACGUUGCGGUCGCGCAAGAGUCCUCGACGGACGAUGGAGAGCGAACGACCAGGGCGGAUGACGGUGGAAAGCGAGCGGGGGAGGAUGACAGAAGACAGCGAUCGACCGAGCGUCGAUCAAAGGCGGUUCGGGUCGUUGCUCCGUGUGCGCGUACCGUCCAACGCAUCCCAAUACGAGGUGGAAGCCUACUCGGACUCUGAACACACACGCAGGGGCAAGCCCAAGCGAUCAUCAUGGCUGGCUGGACUGGGCUUCAGGUCACGGGGGCCGUCCCCAGAGCCGAGUGGGUCACGCGCACCGAGUCCGUCGUCGGUGUCGGUGCCGUCGCUCGCUCGCAUCCCAUCGCUAUCGCCCAUCAACUCGCCAUUUGCGCCCACUUUCCAGGUGCUGCCAGCCACUCCGUUGGGGAAAAUGAAUUUCGAGGGAUGCGUGGGGGAAGGAGCAGUCGGCCUAGGGGCGGAAUGGAAUCGGACCCUGUAUGAUGAACCCGUGUCACAAGUCACGGGUACGUCUGUGCGCCCGAGAGGUGAUUUGACUGAACACGAACCGAGGAUGUUGUCGAGGGGCAGCAGCUUGACCAAGGCUCCUCCGCCACGCCCGCCUCCGUCGCGUCCUGUGCCUGCCACACCCGAGUUCAUCUUGCCCGACGAUAGACGCCAGCGAGAGGCGACGAUCCGGCCCUCGAGUCGGUCUAGACCACCCAGUGCGACCGAGUUGGGACUCAAUGGGGACCAUGGUCUGGUAUUUUCUCCGAAUUCAUUUCCAUUUAUGCUCACUAUCCCCCAAGACAAGCACUCGUUUUUGGACCAGCUGGAUGUCCAGGACGACGACGAGCAUGUGUACUACGGCGAAGACAUCCCGCCUGGCACGGCCACCACUUCAGAUGAGCCGCGGAUAGCCGUAGGAGGCCACCGAUCCCAGUUGUCAAUGUCAUCGCGUGUGCCGGUAACAGAGAAUAACAUUCGUUGGUCCGCUUCCGGAAGAAGUCGGUCCAAUUCACUGAAUAGCGCCAGUCAAUGGCGUACCGUAUCCGUGUAUCAAGACUCGGAUGAAGAAGUGUACGGUCUCCCAAGUCCAAUGGUGAAUGUUCCUGACCCCGAUGGGAUGAUGUCCCAUGGCGAAUAUGGUGGAAUAGUGGGUCCAAGGCGAGACUUAUAUUCCGACGACGAACUGGAAAGCGUGCUGGAAGAAAACGAGACAGAGAGUGUCUCCGACGAACACGAUCGCGAAGACCGCACAGCAGCCAUGAUUGUUGCCGACGAGGGCCGCGGACUUAUCGUCGAUGCCGAGGGGCGCCCCGUAUCUGACCUGGAUGUCCAAACCGGCACUACCCAUCUGUUGCUUGGCAGCAGCCCGACUCCCGCCCUCUUGCCCGCAUUCCUCGCCCAGGUCUUGCCCCAGAUCAGCACAUCACUGCUCUGCCUCGACAUUUCCAACAACGAACUCAUUGCGCUUCCCCCCGCCCUGACAUCCUGCACUAAUCUCGAAGAAUUGAAUGUCUCAUCCAAUCCCCUCCGCACCCUCCCUUCCUCUCUCGGCGCGCUCGUAUCCCUACGCGUACUCAUUGCCGACGCAUGCGAGCUCCAGUCUUUGCCUUCUCAGCUCGUCAACCUAGGCGCGCUCCACUCCCUCAGUUCUCAAGAUCGAAGGGAACACGUUUGCCGGUCCCUGGAGGAGCCUCGUCGAACCCUUGCUUCCACGCGACACGUCCUAUACUCCCCCUCCCCUACCAACGGCGUUUACGGUGCUGCCCGUGCCGCCAAUUCACUCCCGCUAUUGUCCACCACCGUCAACGGCUCGGGCAGCUUGGCGAGUCCUGUCCUUCUCAACCGACCCGCGACUUCCCAGCGCAGCUACUCACAACAACCCCAAUCGAGCUCGGCCCUUGAUCCCAGAUGGAGCGGACACGCAUUCACCACGUCCCCUCUUUCCUCUCCCUACCCGACCUCCUCCUCGGCGCCCCACUCUCCUCCCCGAAGCGCGCUUUCUCCCCCACCCGCGCAUGCUUUGAUGUCGCCGCCACCCGCGACGGGUCUUGCCCACCUCCAGCUCCCUGUGCAUUCCCCUCCGACGACCGCUGCCAAGCUCAAUAUGCAUCUGGGCGCCUUGGCACCUUCUCCCCGGAAAAAGAAGAAGCGCGGCGGGGGAAGUAUUAGCGGAAGUGAAAUCGUGACUACCGAUGCUGAGAGCGAAGUCGAGGCGACUACAUCGUGGGCAUCUGGACCGCGACGCAUGAAGAGCGCAGACGAGCUCAGGAAAAUGGGCAAUACGGACGACCAAGGCCCGCCACCGAGCGCGCCCAUCCUCUCGACCGCUCCGACAUUGCCCGAGCCGCAGCAGCAACAAGGGCAAGUGAAACGGUACAUGUCCCUCGGCGUGCGCAGCUCGCCCAGCCGCCCGGACGCACGACAAAUGUGGGCCGGCGGGUCGGCGCGCAACUCGACCAUUGGGUCCGGCUCGCGCAACUCGACCGGCGGCCCGCGCAAUUCGCGAUACUCGGCCACGGGUAUCCAGGGCCAGAAGCUCGAAGAGGACCAGGCGUCGCCGGAUGUGUCGUACGAGUUUGGAGCGCUAGGCGGUGGUAUGGGAGUUGGAGUUGGAGUUGGAGGGGGGUCAGAGGAGGAUGGGCGGCCGUCGAUUGCGCGUGCGGCUUCGGACGAGCGUGUUGGGCAGCGGUAUAGCGGUACCGACGAUCCGUACGCGCACGGCAAAACAAAUGGCGCUGGUACCGCCGGCGCGUCGCAGGAAGACCAAAGACGUAAAGGCCGAUGGGGGUUUUUCAAGAAAGUGAGCAUGGGCAGGUUGAGGUCCCAUUCGAACGCAGAACGGCUGGGACGCUUGCCAGCCGCUCAGGCGGGAGAUAUGCCUGCUAUGCCGACUCGACCGCAGCAGUCGCAGUCGCAAUCCCAGUCGCAGUCGCAGUCCCCAUCGCAGUCUCAGCCGAUCGCGGCACCUCCGGUACCGGUCCCGCCCCAAGUCAACGUCACGAGCGCGGGAAGCCCUGCGUCGAGCGUGUUGACCGCCCGCGUGCUCGCGUCCCGACGGUCCCAGGAAGCACUCCACGGGGCCCCGAGCCCGGGUCUCCUCCAGCCCGUCCCGUCGCCCAGCCUACCGCGCGCCAAACGCCGUUCGUUCCUCCCAUUCGACACCCCUCCGCUACUCAACAUCCCCAUCCCCGCCGAGCCAUUUAUGCCGAGCGUCGUCGCGCUCGACGAACCCGAGAACGAGAACGAGCACGAAAACGAAGACGAGGCGCUCGCAGCGGCUGAAGAGGCCCAACGACGGGCCGACGAAGAAGCCGCGCGGCAGCACUUGGCGCUCCGGGGUAUCAUGAGCUAUCUCCGUGACAUGGCUGAUCUCGAAGGCGGACUAGGGUCCGGGCUCGUCCCGUCGCCCCGCAACUCGCGGAGACCGCCGUUGACGCAGUACAUGGACGGGCGAACCAAGUCGGACGGGUCGUAUGCAUCGAGCACGAGCACGCCUCCGAUGCUCCGGAGCGCGCCGUCGACUGCCAGUCUGAGAGGCGGGCAGGAUAGCGUGAAUACGACGGACAGCAGCGGAAGUUAUGGCCAGUUUGCCGAGGACAGGAAGUACAAGGAUGAUAAAGGCCGGCGGGUCGCCAUUGUACGGGAGAUUGUCGAAACCGAAAAGUCGUAUGUCAAGGGACUCCAAGAGCUCGUCGACAUUUAUGUCAAGCCUGCGUCCGAGCCUGCGCCCGGACUGAACGUCGGAAAAGAAACGACGAUCCCCUCGGCGGAGCGGAAGAUUGUGUUUACCGGUCUGGACGCGCUUUUACAGUUCCACAAGCAGAGUUUCCUCCCUUCGUUGAUCAACGCGGCCGAAAUCUUGUCUACGACUGGUCCGGGUGAGGACGUCUCGACUCGCACCGCGCACGCGAUCGCGAAUGUGUUCGUGAGCCAUGCGGCGUUUAUGAAGAUGUACUUUACCUAUAUCAACAACUUUGACAACGCGAUCCAGCGACUUCAGUUCUGGAGCGCUCCUCCCUCUGCGCCUAAUACACCCGGUACAGCUACACCUGCCUCAAACACCCCCAGCACGGUCGGCGCAGGACUGAGCAUGGUCGCCGUCGGAAUCGCGGGUGUGUCCCCGGAGCAAGCGCCCCAUCCGGCGACGCUCAACGCGGGCCAGCGAAAGCGGAUAAAACAGUUUUUGAAGCGGUGUAGGUUACAUCCUCGGCACUCGCAGUUGAACCUCGAGGGGUACUUGUUAUUGCCUAUUCAGCGGAUUCCGAGGUACAAGAUGCUCCUGGACAAUCUUGUUACGUGCACGCCUCCCCAUCCUGAAUCGCGUGACGACCCGCUCGAGCGUGCGUUGGAGGAGAUUGCGGUGUUGGCGAACAGCAUGAACGAGGGUAAGCGCGAGAGCGAGUCUAGGACGAAACUCGUGCAAUGGCAGACCAGGAUAAAGGGCAAGUUUAUCAGUCCGCUCGUCCAGCCUCAUCGACGUCUCAUCAUGGACGGCCGAUUACAACUCGUCCGACUGGUUAAAAAAGUAAACUCGCGCGCCGACGUGCCCAACCCAGAUGGAACAAUCGGCCAAGUCGAAGUUCCCUGCCUUUCGUCCGACGCCAACCCGAAACAACUGGUUGCGAUCCUGUGCAACGACCUGUUGGUACUGUGCAAAGAACUCCCCGGGGCCGAGAUGGUUGAGCUCUGGGCGGUGUUGCGAAUGCAGACAAUGGCGCAGCCUGCGAGCAUUGUGAACGGGAACGGGUUGAGGAUCGUGGAUAAUAAGGCGAUAUUGUAUUUUAAUACCCAGUCGACGUCCGAGGCGCUUACUUGGCAACGAGCCAUCAAUCUUCACAUUCCGCACUCUCAAUAA